CCCUCAUCAAAGCACACCACAACCAUCUCACACCUACCUAGAAACCUGCUCAGCUUCGGCAAUACCAACCACCCACCAUGCGCUUCGCUCUUGCUGUUGCCCUCACCGCCACCCCUUUGGUCCUCGCCAGCAGUUCCGGCGGCUCUGUUAAGCAGCGUUCGGAUGCCGCCGCUGCAGCCUGGACCUGCACUCCACCUUACAACUACUGUGGAUGGUACCUGAUCGCCCAAGAUCCUGCUGGCUGGGGCGGCGUGCUUGACCCCAAUGCCUUGUACCAGUGCGUGAACGGAGGAGUCAACAUUCUCAGCACCUGCGCCAACGGUUGUGAAGGCCCGACGGCCCAUUGCAAGUAG